AUGUCUGAAGUAAAGAAAAUUGUUAUCCUUCCAGGUGACCAUGUCGGUCAAGAGAUUACUCAGGAAGCCGUUAAAGUGCUUGAAGCGAUUUCUGAAGCCCGUCCAAGUAUCAAGUUUGAGUUUCAGCACCAUUUGAUCGGUGGUGCGGCCAUUGACGCCACUGGUGAGCCUUUACCCGAUGCUUCUUUGGAUGCGGCCAGAAAGGCAGAUGCCGUGCUUUUAGGUGCUGUUGGUGGACCUAAAUGGGGUACAGGUCAAGUCAGACCAGAACAAGGCCUUUUGAAGAUUCGUAAGGAACUGCAAUUGUACGCUAACUUGAGACCUUGCAACUUUGCUUCGGAAUCGCUGUUGGAACUAUCACCUUUGAAGGCUGAUUACGCUCGCGGAACUGACUUUGUUGUCGUGAGGGAAUUGGUGGGAGGCAUCUACUUUGGCGAAAGAAAGGAAGACGAAGGUGACGGUGUCGCCUGGGAUAGCGAAAAGUACACCGUUCCUGAGGUGCAAAGAAUCACCAGAAUGGCCGCUUUCCUUGCCCUUCAACACGAACCACCUUUGCCAGUGUGGUCUCUGGACAAGGCCAACGUGUUGGCUUCUUCGAGGCUAUGGAGAAAGACUGUUGAAAAGACUAUUAAGGAAGAAUUUCCAACCUUGACCCUUCAGCAUCAAUUGAUCGACUCGGCAGCCAUGAUUCUAAUCAAGAACCCAACUCAGUUGAACGGUGUAAUCAUCACUAACAACAUUUUCGGUGAUAUCAUUUCAGAUGAAGCAUCUGUCAUUCCAGGUUCCUUGGGUUUACUGCCAUCUGCGUCGCUAGCAUCGCUUCCUGACACUAAGACCGCCUUCGGUCUGUACGAGCCUUGUCAUGGUUCCGCACCAGACUUGCCUAAGGGAAAAGUAAACCCGGUUGCCACAAUUUUGUCCGCAGCCAUGAUGUUGAAACUAUCGUUGAAUUUAUUCGAAGAAGGUGUUGCAGUGGAAGAAGCUGUGAAAAGAGUUCUGGAUUCUGGUCUGAGAACUGCCGACCUCAGAGGAUCUAACUCCACUACUGAGGUAGGAGACGCUAUUGCUAAGACUGUCAAGGAACUGUUGGCAUAA